UCGUCGUUUUUGCAGUUUUCCAUUACUUUCACUCCCAUAUUGUCAGAGUGGCCAAUUCCAGUGAACUUUAACGACUUUUCCAUCUUGUAAUCGACAUUCACAUAUAUUUUUGAAGCGAAACAGUAUUGGGUAUUGUCCAACAAAUUCAUAAGUUGCAGUUGAGAUUCACUUUUUUUAGGACUUUUGAGCAAAAACAGUUAUCUGACUUGUGGGCGAAUAGAGUCUGGGUUGUACACAAAAAAGUUAAUUUUUCGCAAAAGAGUAUCUGGGUUUUGAAAAGAUGGGGAAUCGAUUUAUUUGCAUGACGAAGAAGGAAAAUGGGAGGAAUGGAAUAGGGUCAAGGAGUAAAAGAAUGGAGAGAUCAAAGAGGAGGUCUUUAUUAGAAGAGGAGUUACUGCACAGGCAAGCUUUGUCAAUGGCAAUUCAGCAGCAUCAGUUGUCUCAGAGAUUUGAGAGCUCAGUGUCCAGACGUAUUGGAUCCACCACUUCUCGUCGCCGCACUGAUUUGUCUGAAUCUUCUUUGCCAAAUUCUAAGCAGUUACCAGAAUUUUUGGAGAGCAUCAAAACAAAGAAGUUCAUUUUGGUUCAUGGAGAAGGAUUUGGAGCUUGGUGUUGGUACAAAACUAUUGCUCUGUUGGAGGAAACAGGAUUGCUUCCCACAGCCAUAGAUCUCACUGGAUCGGGGAUUGAUCUGACAGAUACAAAAGAUGUUACAACACUGGCGGAUUACUCAAAACCAUUGAUUAAUUAUCUGGAAAACUUGCCUGAGGAUGAAAAGGUAAUUUUGGUAGGUCACAGUAUUGGAGGUUCUUGUGUUUCCUAUGCCUUGGAGCUUUUCCCACAGAAAAUUGCGAAAGCAGUAUUUCUUUGUGCUACAAUGAUAUCUGAUGGACAGAGGCCUUUUGAUGUGUUUGCCGAAGAGCUUGGGUCGGUAGAGCUUUUCAUGAAGGAGUCUAAGUUUUUAAUUUAUGGGAAUGGUAAAGAGAAGCCUCCUACUGGCUUCAUGUUUGAGAAGGAGCAGAUGCAUGGGCUAUAUUUCAAUCAAUCUCCUGCAAAGGAUGUUGCUUUGGCAAUGGUUUCAAUGAGACCCAUUCCUCUUGGUCCAAUAAUGGAGAAGCUAUCAUUGACACCUGAAAAAUAUGGAACAAGUCAUAGAUUUUAUGUCCAGACAUUGGAUGAUCAUGCUCUUUCACCAGAUGUCCAAGAAAAACUUGUGAGGGUAAACCCUCCUGAAGGUGUUUUCAAGAUCAAAGGCAGCGACCAUUGCCCAUUCUUUUCGAAGCCACAGUCACUGCAUAAGAUUUUGGUUGAGGUUGCUCAGAUUCCAUAGGAAUGAAUGCUUAUAUGAAAAGAAACCAGAGAUAUUGGAAAAUUGCUUUUGUUAGAGGCUGUACAAUCUGUUCCACGAGAGUUGUUGGUUGUAUAGAAGAAAAAUUGGUUCGGUCAUCAUGUUUCAUAUCCAUUUUCAUAUUUGCUUGAAAUACAUUCGGUUAGAGUUACCCAACGUUAUAGUGAUCAGCUGUUUGGUUCUAUCCAUUAUUAGUUUCUCUAUAAACACAUGAUGAGACAA